AAGAAGAAGAAGAAGAAGAAGAAGAAGAAGAAGAAGAAGAAGCAACAUCAGCUCGUGAGCAUCGAGUCAGACGCCCGCGCCGCGCUGAAGAACGAAGUCUCCUGUUGACGCGAGAUGGUGUUUAUUAAAGACGAGAGUGAAGAGCUGAGGAUUGCAGAAGUGUUGAAACAUGAAGACCCUGAGGAACAAACAGACCUGAUGGCAAUAAAAGAAGAGAAUCAAGAACUGAAAGAAAUAGAAGAGAAGGAUCAAUAUGAGAGACAUGAUUUCUUGGCUGUAGAAAAAUCCAUACGGAAUGAAACAAAUUCAGUUCAGAAGAUCAUACCUCCCAGUUACUUAACUUGCCAUGACAUGAAAAUUCACACCGGCGAGAAACCGUUCACAUGCCAACACUGCGAAAAGAGUUUUGUUACAAAAGGAAACCUUAAACAACACACGAAGACUCACACCGGAGAGAAGCCGUUCACAUGCCAACACUGCGGAAAGAGUUUCGUUACAAAAGGAAACCUUAAAGAACACACGAAGAUUCACACCGGAGAGAAGCCGUUCACAUGCCAACACUGCGGAAAGAGUUUUGUUACGAAAGGAAAUUUAAAAAAACACAUGAAAAUUCACACUGGAGAGAAGCCGUUCACAUGCCAACACUGCGGAAAGAGUUUUAUUACAAAAGGAAACCUUAAUGAACACACAACAGUUCAUUUAGGGAAGCCAUUCAUAUGUAAUGUGUGUGGAAGAAGUUACAAAGAUGAAGAAAGCAUCAAGUCUCACAUGAUAGUUCACACUGGAGAGAAGUCAUUCGCACAUGAUCUGUCAGGACAUGGUUACAAAUACAUUGAAACCCUUAAUUCUCACACGAAAAGAGAACAUUCAAGAGAGAGUGGUUUUAUGUGCCAUCAGUGUGGAGAGAGUUUUAGCUGUAAAGUGAGCCUCUACACUCAUGUGAGACUUCAUACUACAGAGAAGGCUUUCACCUGCAAACUGUGCGGGGAUAGCUUCUCACAAAAAGGAAAUUUUAAUUUUCACAUGAAAAUUCACACCAGAGAGAAGCAAUAAGUGUGAAAUGAUUCUCAUACAUAACCCUUGGAUAAGUGAACAGUCCUUACAACUGUAGACUGUAGGAUCCAUAGAAAUGUAUUAUUCACUACUAUAAAAUGACAUGACUGGGGAUGUUUUGUUUUUAAAUGGCACAAGAAAAUAUGCAUCGGAUUGUCCACCUUUAAAACCAUAUGCAUUAUUUGCCUCUUUAUAAUUUACAUUAUAAAGAGGCUGCAUCUGACCAUCUGCUUUGCUAUAACUUAGUUGUUUUCAAAGUUUUUUUUUGUCCCAAGGUACACCUUUAUGGUUAUGAAAUUAACAUUUUACCUUUCACACCCUGAAAUCUAAUAUCUGAAUAAGUAUCGAAGAGUUCUGUUCUGUCAAAUGCUGAAAUGUAAAUGAAAGAUGAUAAAUAAUAGGAUGGGAGUAAAAUAAUAAAAAAGGUUCAACUGUAUUAUUUAAUUCAUCUUUAGUGAAUCCGCACAAAUUGAGUCACAAUUUAGGUUUAGCCUGAUGAGCACCUCUCUGAAUAUACAAACGGGUACCUUCCUGGAACACAGCAACUUGUCCUUCAGUAUUGCAGUUUCAGCAGAAGUUGGUGCUAAUUCUCAGAUUAAACAAACAAUUGUGACCAGUGCUGACAAAAUGAGUCACAAUGAGCAAAAAAAAAAAAAAAAAAAAAUCAUUUUUAUGUUCACAUUUAUGACCAAGCUUAGACACCCCUGGCCUGUGGCUUAGUAUUGCAUCUGUCAUAUCUCUGCAGAGUCUUGAGUUUUAUCAGAUUUAUAAAGACAGAUAUGUUAUUCAGUGUUACUCAGAAAACAGGAUACUGUCAUGCCCCUGGACUGAUUUUGUUGUGUUUUUGCUCCCCAUGUGCUCCAUGACCCAGUUUUUGCCUCCCGUUGAUUGUGUUAUUUGGUCCAGGUGUGUGUCAGUAAUUAACUUCAUUUGCCUUAUUAUUCAAGUCCUAGUCUGUGCAGUCUCUGUCAGUUGUACUUAUGUUUGUGUUUCCUGCCAUUCCCAGUUUCGUUUAUUCCUAGUCUCCAUCGUUCCUUGACAGAUACAAGUUUAUCUUGCUU